GCGGGGGGAGGGAAGAUGGCGGCGGUGCAAGUGGCCGGGGCUCCGGUGUGUGGGGCUCGGGAGCCGCCGCCGGGCCCCGGGAGCGGAUUCCGCCGCCUGUCUGCCCGCCUGGGCUCGCUGCGCCCCGCGGACAGCAGCUCCGCCCGCACCGAGAUCCACCUGCUCUUCGACCAGCUCAUCUCCGAGAACUACAGCGAGGGCGGCGGGGGAGUCACGGCGGAGGAUGUCAGUGCUUUACUGGUCCAGGCCUGUCGAUUAGUCCAUCUUAAUCAGGAGCAUCUAGUCAGCAAGGUUUCUCAGCUUAUUCACCAUCUACUUAACAGAUUACAGGUGAUUGUUGAUGAACAGAAUCUGGAUUUCCUUUUGGCAUACACAAUCUCUGCUUUUCAACAAUGUAGUUCCUGGACACACAUGGAAAUUCUUCAGGCCUUGUCUGCUCUGGUUUACUACAAUGGCCCCAAAUGUCAGAAGUACCUGCCAGACUUGCUCGGGGAGACUGGAAUCUUGAUGAAGUUGAGUGAUCCCAGCCAGUCGGACCCUGAUCUCAGAAGAGCUGCAGUGCACUGUAUGGCAAACAUAUGUCUCAGUGUCCCAGGACAGCCAUACUUGGAUGAGCCUUACCGAAAUGUCUGCUUUCAAACUUUCUUAACUAUUUUACAGUCUUCCAAAGUUUCUGGUAUGGACGAUAUCACAUUUUGCAUGUUGUUACAAAAUGCACUGAAAGGUCUCCAGUCCCUUCUGAAUGGGGGGAAGAUGAAGCUUACACAGACCGAGCAGCUUGGGUCUCUUCUGGCCGUAUUAAAGAAAUAUAUGUUUCAUGGGCUUCCUGGAUUGAACAUAGAGAUGCCUGCAGUUUUAUAUCCGGCUCCUCUUCCUCAGUAUGAUGGGCGAUCACCUCUCAAACAGGAGCCGAUGGAAAUAAAUCCCUCAAAACCAAUAGCGAGUAAAAGGAAGAAGGCAAAAGGCAAACAAAAGAAAGGCCAUCAAGGAGAAGAAUUGAAAGAAGCAAAUGGAGAGAUCGGAGCCGGUGCCGCCAGUGCCCUGGGCAAGCUGACCCUCCAUGAAGGGAGUACCGUGGGCUCUGCCUACCUGAGUGCCCCAAGUGGGGGUUCUGAAGGGAGCAGCCCUGCAGCCCGAGACCGAGCCUCCUCCUAUCUCAGUUCUUCCCCAUGGAAGAGAAUCAGCAGUAGUGAAUCGGACUAUUCGGAUGCUGAGGGUGGCCUGCAGAGUAAGAUGAGAUCUUACCAAGCCAAAGUCCGCCAGGGAGCUUUAGCUUGUUUCCUUUCCACAAUAAAAUCGAUAGAGAAGAAAGUUCUUUAUGGCUACUGGUCUGCUUUUGUCCCUGAUACCCCUGGCAUAGGAAGUCCGCAGUCUGUGUCUCUGAUGACGAUUUCAUUAAAAGAUCCUUCUCCAAAGACUCGUGCCUGUGCCCUGCAAGUGUUAUCAGCCAUCUUGGAUGGCUCAAAGCAGUUUCUUUCCGUUGCUGAAGACACAAGUGACCACAGAAGGGCUUUCACGCCCUUCUCGGUGACCAUUGCUUCCAGCAUUCGCGAAUUACAUCGAUGUCUUUUGUUAGCUUUGGUGGCUGAAUCAUCCUCCCAAACCCUUACUCAGAUAAUUAAGUGCCUAGCAAACUUAGUAUCAAAUGCGCCUUAUAAUCGUCUGAAACCCAACCUGCUGACUAAAGUCUGGAACCAGAUAAAGCCCUACAUCCGCCAUAAAGAUGUCAAUGUCCGGGUCUCAAGUCUGACCCUCUUAGGGGCCAUAGUAUCGGCUCAGGCUCCUUUGCCUGAAGUGCAGUUGCUUUUACAGCAGCCUUGUUCUUCUGGGCUUAGUAGUAAUAGUUCGGCCAUGUCGUGGCUCAGCUCUUCUGACUGGCGCCGAGAUGCUUCCUAUGCAGAAACUCUAGAGGAAUCCACAGAUAUGUUGGCAGCUUCUAGUGGCGAGCCCUGCUGGCUCAUCCGCCUCUGCAUCUCCAUUGUUGUACUGCCCAGAGAAGAUCCCUGUUCUGAUAGCGAUACUAGCUGUACAGCUGGGAACAUAUAUGAACCAUCUCCUGUUCGACUGGAAUCCUUACAGGUGCUGGCCCUUCUGGUGAAAGGUUAUUUUAUAAUGGCUCAGGGCUAUUUGAUGGAGCUUGGGGAGGUGGCCUGCAGGUGCAUGGAGGAAACAGACCCAUCCAUUCAGCUUCAUGGUGCAAAACUUUUAGAAGAGCUAGGAACAGGUUUAAUCCAGCAAUAUAAAGCAGACUCAACUGUUGCCCCGAGUCAAAGAGUCCCGGUCAGUUUGGUGGUGAUGUUUUGGGCUAUGAUGCUGAAUGGUCCUUUGCCCAGAGCGCUUCAGAACUCGCAGCAUCCAACUCUCCAGGCCAGCUCCUGCGAUGCCCUCUCUUCCAUCUUACCAGAGGCUUUCAGUAGUCUGCCGAACGAUAGACAGAUCUUGUGCAUCACCCUGCUGCUGGGACUGAAUCACAGCAAGAACCCUCUGGUGAAAGCAGCUGCUGCCCGUGCUCUGGGUGUCUAUGUGCUCUUCUCCUGUCUGAGGCAGGAUGUCAUGUUUGUGGCCGACACAGCAAAUGCGAUCCUGAUGUCUCUGCAUGACAAGUCUCCAAAUGUCCGUGCCAAAGCAGCCUGGUCCUUGGGCAACCUGACAGACACUUUGAUUGUCAACAUGGAAAUGUUGGGCCAGAGUUUCCAGGAAGAAUUUUCCGGUCUCUUGCUAUUGAAAAUGUUGAGAUCAGCAACUGAAGCCUCUAAGGAUAAAGACAAGGUAAAAAGUAACGCUGUUCGGGCACUUGGAAAUUUGCUUCACUUCCUGCAGCCGUAUCAUAUAGUAAAGCCGAGAUUUACAGAAACCAUCGAGGAAUCUAUUCAGGCCCUUAUCUCAACUGUUUUGAGUGAAGCUACCAUGAAAGUCCGAUGGAAUGCGUGUUAUGCUCUAGGAAAUGUAUUUAAAAAUUCUGCUUUGCCUUUGGGGACGGCUCCUUGGACGGCACAAGCCUACAGCGCUCUCACAUCGGUUGUGAAAUCCUGCAAGAAUUUCAAAGUGCGAAUCAAGUCUGCGACUGCUCUUUCCAUUCCGGACAAGAGGGAGCAGUAUGGGUCUGUGGAACAGUAUGCUCAGAUCUGGAGCGCGCUGGUGACCGCCUUGCAGAAGAGCGAGGACACUACGGACUUUCUGGAAUUCAAAUACUGUGCCAGCCUCAGAACCCAGAUCUGCCAGGCAUUGAUUCACUUGUUAAACCUAGCGAGCAGUGCAGAUCUGUCAUGUAUUCAGGAAACCGUGGAGCAAAGUGGUGAUAUGGUCAGGCUUUACAUCUUACAGUAUUUAAAGUCAGGAGUGGAGGGAGAUGACACAGGCUCAGCCCCCAGCCCCCAGGAACGAGACAAAAUGCUCUCCGAGGCCCUGGAGCAUGUAAGAGGGAUCCAGGAACCCUCCGGAGAGGCCGCUAAGAAGGCCAUCACUGCUUACUUGGAAGGCAUCCUGACCACAUACGCCAGUGCAGCUGAAUCAUGUGGCUCUUUGCUCUAGACCAAAUACCGAUAGACCAAGGAAGAGGCAGGAAGCGUGCCGAGAGGGAAUUUAGAAGCAAAGAAAGGGGCCUCCUCUGGCAGUGUGCUCAGUGGGAUCUGGGGCGGAAGCUAGAACGUAAAACUCAGGCCUCCGUGGGGAGCAUGGUAGUAACCUUUCAGCCAUCCCCCUCGCACAGUGCUCUGGCAGUAGGAUACACACCAAGCAGUCACCAUCUGACACGUGUGUCUGCCGGCCAGGCCGGGCCAGCCCCCUCUAACCAGGAGCCAGCUGGAGGGAAAGGGACAAAAAGUAGAAAACGUGUCCUGAGCAGGACCGGCUGUGGCCGGGGCUGAAAGAGCCACCAAGGGGCCUGUUGGGCUGUGCCCUACCCUUCCCUGGGAGCCACCCUAUGGCCCUCUGGGGCUUAAGGCUGUUGCUAUGACUCCUGGCCAAGCUAAUCGGUUACUUUAUGACUGUUUUCAAGUGAGGCUCCUUUUACAAAUAGCCUGCCGCUCCCUCCACCGCCUUUUAAUUAGUUCCUAUUCAAAUCCCAAAUUUCACAAGCCAUAGAAAUAGUUUCUUGCCAGUCAUUAUACAAUAUGUAAACUACUUCCUCUGCCAGCAGCACUGUGCCCGCUAAUGUUUUUCCUAGAGUUUGAUUAUAUCUUUGCUUUGAUGACAUGUAUACUAGUACUUUGCACUUUUGAAAGAAACCCAAAUAGAAAAUUAAAUAAACAUAUUCUUUUAAAUUACGUUCCAAACAUAAUUUAUCCUCUGUCAGACCGAGCUGAGGACCUUGUAGUACCUAACAUGGCACUAGACAGUUUACACCUGGUAACUCGGUUGUCCCAAUGACUGCUUUAUUCAUGUGCCUUCUCUACAUCGAUUAGGGCCUUUCAAACAAAGUCUCUCAUUGAACCUCUGAGCUCUGAGAAGAGCAGGGAUGAUUUAGGGGCUUCCUCAAUGAACUACAAAGCCUUGGAUUAUUAGAGAAUUACAAAGGAGAAGGGCGGCUUACACACCUGGCUCCCUGGCUUGCUGUUUGUUUAGGAUAAAUGUCACAGCUUCCUACCAUUGUCCAGGCUCAGAGUCACAGAGUGCUCCAGCAGGCCUCUGACUGCUGAUCUGGCGAACCUCGAUGCUGCAGUAGAUGAAGUGGCCGGUCCCUUGGCCUUUCGAUGUUGGCCGCCAGGUUUGAUACAGACCCGUUAUGCUUUCCAUAGCUUGGGUUGGCAUUUCUCAGAGGCUUUGUCAGUUCACCGCACACACACAUUCAGGAUGGGGGGUUGGCAUUUUUGACUUUUUGACUUUGUCCUCACUUGUUUGACAGCAGUGAUUUAAGCAUCGACAGGGGCACAGAGGUCUGUGCAGCAAAUAAUCUUCCCCUACUUUUUAUCUGGUAUAUAAUAUACAAGGAGUAUAAUAACAGCAAUAACACUCACUUGUUGAAAGCUAAAAUGCUGGACCUGAGGUAGUCCCUGAACCUUACUUCAUUGUCUUGUUAAUCCUCUGUCCAUUUGAGUGACAUUAAAUGGGGGUUUUAGUAAGAAAUGUGUGGCAAUAUUUGUUUUAACUGUUUUUUACAUCACUAUUAAAACACUUCUCUAAAGGCA